AUGGUUCCCCUCUUGAAUCCACUCCAGUCUAGAUUGUUUGCCGAUCGCACACACAACCGGAUUUUGUACCCAAUUGAGAAAAGAAUUCUGGGGGGUACCCAUGGUUCAAGCAGUGUCAACCACCGGAACUCAACGGAGCAAACCAGAGUAGUCUCUUCAGUUCUCUAUCAUUUUUCUAUCAUUUCGCCCAUUUCUCUCUUGUUCUCUCUCUCUAUCACCUUCAUCUACUCUCUCUCAUCUAUCAAAAGGGCCAAGGUAGAGAAUCUGUACGACCCAGGAUCUCCCUGUUCGUCCAGUCCGUUUGCCGAUUGGAAUGACUUGAAAGCGUUGUCUCUUUAUAUCUUGUGGUCACCCCUCACCUCCAAUGCUGAACUGCAACCAUCCCCUAUAUACCAGCCACCCCGUCCACCAGCGGCGCUCACCUUGUGA